AUGUCCGUUCAGCCAUCGACAUCCAAAAGGAUGUUUUGUAAAACUGCGUAUAAACUAAAUGCCCCGGAAGAUGUAAAGCGUUUUAUUGAGCUGGUAAAGCAACAUCCCAGGCUAUUGGAACGCAUCUCUCUGGAACGAUUGCUGCCGGAAUGGGAAAAAUUGGUCCCAGAGACGGGCGUUAGUGCGAGUUUCAUGAUCUCGAAGUGGAACCGGUUGUGCGCUAAAUAUCGCUCCGAGUUGCGCCUCCAGAAGAAAACACAAUCGGGGAUGUUCAAAUCGAACUGGACUCACUUUGACCAGAUGGCGUUCGCUCGAGCCAUCGAGGAAAAGCGUAUGCGUGUAAAUAAACGCCCGGUUCCAGUUAACGAAGUGCCAGUUAACGCACCCGUCAAAGUCGAACUCGUUACACCGCCAUCUUCGCCAAAGAAGCCGCGCAAGUUGCCGGAUGGCCAACCGUGUAGUACGUACACCAAACCUUCGAUGGUGGUCCGUAAUGGUCAACCGCACGUGCAGACGAAGACAUUGUUACCGAUCGAAAAGGUGUGGGUAGCGGAGAAACAGCCAAAGCUGGGAUUUACGGAGCAGGCCAUCAUCGAGGAUUUGCAGCAGCAGGCUGCCCGGACUGUCGCGUCCCGUGGCCUGUCGGUCCAUCGUAUGCCGAUAACGAAUCUGUCCGUAGCGGGCAUGAGGGAUGUACUGGACAAUGAUUUUGAUUUUCUCAUGAUACGUAUCUAUCCCCUGCUGUCCGCAAUGCCGUCGGAUGCGAAGCAGUUUUGUUACGAAAGGAUGCAACGCUUUGUUGUAAAUGUGUACAAGAAUAUUAACCAAACCAGAUGUAAAAAUUCGACAGCUGCACGGCACAUCCCGUAG